AUGAAGCUCCAUCACAUCUUUACAUACCUGCUACCUCUGAGUCUGGCAUACCUUUCCCAAGCCAAGACAAACUCAGAAAAUCCCCAGCCAAUACUGAUAGACACGGACAUCUUCGGGGAUGUUGAUGAUGUCGGCGCGCUUUAUGUCGCAAACAUAUUGUAUAACUGUGGACUUGCCGAUCUUCGAGGCGUCGCCGUCAACACAAACUCACAGUAUGGUGCACUAGCAGUGAGCUCAAUCUGUACAUAUUUUGGAAAUAGUGAAAUUCCAAUAGCAGCGCUGAGACCGUUGACGAAUGAAACCUUUUUCGACGACGACGAGUUCUUACACAGCGAAUACGCAAGCAAAGUGGCUAACAAUUGGCCGAGAAGUCUUAAAAAUGCAUCCUCAACGCCCACACCAGUUGAACUGUAUCGCUCCGUUCUAGCCGCAGCGGCAAACCAAAGCAUGAACAUAAUCUCAAUCGGCUUCCUAACGAAUCUCGAAGACGUGCUAAAAUCCAAAGCCGAUAAAAUCAGCCAUCUAUCCGGCUUUGAAUUGAUUGCUGCAAAGACACGCGAAUUGGUAGUAAUGGGAGGCGCUUAUCCUUCAGGGUCAGAGUACAAUUUUGGCCAUUCCGACCCAGAAAGCACAGCAUACGUACUCAAGAACUGGCCCAAGAGUGUCGCGAUCACGUAUUCGGGCUUUGAGCUUGGUGGAGACAUAUACUCCGGCCAAAAUCUGGACGUAAUUUCUCCGCCGAAUUCUCCAAUACUCGCCGCAUAUCAAUGGUAUGUUGGGCGUGGGUCGACCGUUCGGCCCUCUUGGGAUCCGAUCACUACUCUUUACGGAAUUCUGGGUCUCGAUGGAUUUGAAAAGCUGGGUCUGAGCCGGAUGCUUGCCUUUGCUAAUAGUCAUGGAUAUAAUUCGUUGACAUCGGCUAAUGCCUCGAAUGCUUGGGUCAACGAUACAAGGGUUACGAAUCAGCAUUGGUUGAAGCUUGCGGAUGGAGUUACAAACUCAAGUAUGUCCUGGUUGCUGAACCAAUUUUUCACGCAUGAUCCAGUCCAGCAAACCUGCUUCGGUCGGACCAACCGCUAG